GUACGGCUGCCGAACUACUUUUCCUGAGCAAGAAAAUCCAAUUCCCAAGAUGCAAUGCUUGGCGCUGGAGGCGUCUCCGGAAGGAGGUCGUGAAGAUUAUGGAGGAUAAUGAAGGAAAUCCAAAAAAGCAACUGAUUUCUGAGCUUCACCAGCUUGCUGCUGAUGGAAACAAAGCCAGACUUACAGCACUUCUGGAUUAUUCUCCUUCUCUUAUCAAUGAAACUGCUAGGAAUGGUUGGACGGCCCUAAUGUAUGCAACUAGAAAUGGUCACUUUGACCUUGUGAAGGUUCUUCUUGAGAAGGGGUGUGACAGGUUCAGGACCAAUACUUCAAACCAGACUGCAUUGGAUAUUGCUAGAUUUUGGGGCUAUAAAAACAUAGCUAAUUUAUUAGCUAAUGUGGAAGAUGGAUUGGAGCCAUUUUUCUUCACUUAUCAAGUCAAACAACAGGAGCAUUAUUUUUGCAGGAUAUGUUUGGAUAGGAAAAGUGAGAAGAGAGUAGAUUCAAAGUGGCUGAGCAUGAAACAGAAGGAACCCACAACCAUAUAUAUCAUUUUUUCCCAUUUAAAUCCUUUAGUUACAUCAGAUGAUGGUGAACGUAGUUUCCAGUAUCCAAAGGUUAAGCUUUCUAAAUUUUUCUAUAAGGAUAUAAAGAGAUAUCUGGAACAGACUGAAACUGUCACUACAAUUUUUCUGGGAGUGGAACCUCAAAGAAUAAAUGUGAAAGAUUCGAAUACAGACAAAAAAGAUGAGAAUGGCCUAAUUACCUGGUUUGCACUUAGUAUAGAUUCUACAGCUACUGACAGUUUUUUACAAGAGCAUCCAGGUUGUUAUUUUCUUCAUCCACCAAUGCCUGCACUGCUACAAUUCUCUGAAAAUGAAGCUGGAGUCAUUGCCCAAGCCAGAUCUGUGCUAGCAUGGGAUAACCGAUAUAAAUUUUGCCCAACAUGUGGCAGUGCAACUAAAUUAGAAGACGGAGGCUACAGGAAAUCGUGCAUAAAAGAAGACUGCCCCAGCCAUCAGGGAAUUCAUAAUACAUGCUUCCCAAGAGUUGAUCCUGUAGUGAUAAUGCAAGUCAUUCAUCCAGAAGGCAACCAUUGCCUUUUGGGAAGAAAAAAAAGAUUUCCCCCAGGCAUGUUUACUUGCCUUGCUGGAUUUGUAGAGCCUGGGGAGACAAUUGAAAAUGCCGUUCGAAGGGAAGUAGAAGAGGAAAGUGGAGUUAAAGUGGGCCGUGUUGAGUAUGUCUCUUGUCAGCCAUGGCCAAUGCCCUCCUCCCUAAUGAUUGGAUGCAUAGCAGCUGCAGUGUCUACAGAAAUUAAAGUUGACAACAUUGAAAUAGAAGAUGCCCGCUGGUUCAGUAGAGAACAGAUAAUAGAGAUUCUCAACAAAAAGAACCAAAAUAUUUUUGUGCCACCACAUCAAGCCAUCGCUCAUCAGUUGAUAAAACACUGGAUUGGAAUGAAUGCUAAUCUUUAAAUUCAGCAAGCUAUAUAUUUGCAUUGCAUCAUAUCUGUAUCUUCUAAGAUAAAAUUAAACUUAAUGUAACUAUAAUAGUAAUUUUAAAAUUCUAAUUCCUUCGUUCUACACCCUCCUGUAAUUACUCCCUGUAAUAUUUAUGCUUACAGUUCUUUUAACAAAUUUUGCAUUGUCAAAUGUUGCCUAAUUUCUUGAUAAAUAGGCUCAUAAAAGCUUAUUUUACUAGGAAAUAAGUUGGGUGUUCUCUUAGCAAGCACUGUAUAUAUAGUACCUAUGACAGCCUGAUUCAACCCACUGACCUCGAAAGGUUUUGUUUUUUAUGUAAUUAAAUUUUUAAAUGAGAAAUGUCCAAAAAUCUCAUAAGAUAAGCCAAAUCUUAUGAAAUCUCUACAUUGAUAGCCAAGCUCAUAUCAUUAUUAUUAUUAUUUGGAGGAGUCAUAAAAUUGCAAAAGAGUGAUACACUUGAAAUGAUUUAUGUUGCCUUGUAUUGAAUAUUAAGUAGUAUUUUAUCAUUAGUUCAUUAAACAUAGCAAAAUCAUCAAUAUAGUAUCAGUAUAAUAUUCUUACCAAUGUACUAUGCAAUUCUUAAAACGAAAUUGUAAAAUUUCUAUUAAAAGAAUAGACAUUGCAUUACCAAUGCAAACUAAAAUCUCAUUCCUGUAAGAAGCUUGCUGUGUGUUUUGCACAGCAUUACCAUUAGCAUUGCUAAGUCAUAAAGUUAUAAUUUGGUAUUUCUGGAUAUAUUUGCAUUAAGCAGGCUCAAAAGUUGCUUCAACAUAACCAGAUUAAGAAUUGUUCUAAAUGUGUCAUCAAUAUUACAUUAAUAUUAUUAAGUGUUUAAAUUGAGAGAAGUUUGGAAUUAACAAGCUGACUUUUGGCUGUUUUUGUCCCUUGGAGCUCUUUAAUAAAGUCUUUCUAAAUCCUU